CCACGAGAUGGCGAUAGCUACUCGUUAGUUAUCUGUGGCUCUAAGGAUGCUGGGAAGUUUCCGCUACGGAAGUGUCACUGGACAGAGGUUGCUAGCUGAACGUUAGGUAAAGUUAGCAGAGAGACCACAGAGGAAGAGGGACCUCCAAACAUGUGUGACAGGCUGGAGAAAGACGGCUGGAGAUCCGAAGCGCACGACAUUUAUCGCAGAAUACUUGGUUUUAUCCAACAAACAAACGCUAUCAUGCAGCAGAGAGACAACAUUUUUCCUGGCAGGAAAACAGUGACCUUCCGUAGGGGUCCUCGGGGGUACCUCCUUCAGCAACCAAGUGAUGCAGCAAAGCUCCUUAAGGACAACCCUUCGCUGCAGGACAAAUCUGCACCUCUGAGGGAGGACGCUGUGAGGGAGAAUGCCCUGACUGUUGUCCGUGUGAGGGGAGGGGAUGCCUCAGACAAGACGGAGGUACUGGGAGAGUACAUCCUGCAGUUGAUGAGAAUGAUGUAGGGUACACCAUCUACCUCAUCCAACAUGUGGAAAAAGAAGAGGCUGCAGGAGUGUCAAUGACCCAGGGACACAACAAGGACAGCAUAUUGUCCUUUGUCAGAUAUGCCUGCAGCUUUCGCGACCUCACAUCCCUUGUGAGCUACCAGCCCCCCCCUAAAGCAGCCUCAGAGGAUGAGCAGCUGGUGGGCUUUGGCGCUCGUUCGAAGAGCACCUGGCGGGAGGUGUGGGACAGCAGGGCUGACGGCUAUGCAGCCUUCAUCCUGAAGAGCAAGUGCUUUCCGGGGUCGCAGAUGCACAGGCUGCAGCAGUACCUCAUGAAGCACUCAACCUCCGUCCCUCCACUAGUUCAGAAGGCACCUGAACAAGCCACGAUGAUGGAUGACGAUGAAGAGCUGGAGAGAGCAAUGCUGAGCACUGAGGAACUAGUAGAGUGUACUGCUGCUCCAUCAUCAUCGUCAUUGUCAGCUGAAGUGCGACCAUCCCCUGCCACACAAACAGCCAUCUUCUGGCCUUGUUCUGUGUUCCGGCCAUGUUCAGGCCAUGUCCAACUAAUACUGUGUCUGCAUGCUGGUGUUCCUACUAACAAAUAGGGUUCAUGAAUUGAUUUCCUCAACGUAGAGGUGACAUCUGCUUCAGUGUCAAGACCACCCGCUGACACUAAAGAAAAACAACCGACGCUGCUAGUGGAUGCCCCCGCUGCCUUGCCGACAGUGAAGACACCUGUGCCCCUUCCUGCUGAGCUGCAGUUUAUGGUCAAAGAGCUAGAGAGGACUGUCUCUGCACCAGGUGUGUAUCACAGGCUGACUGACAUAUGCAGUUUCAUUUAAUGAACAAUGUCUAUACUGUUGCCCAUAUGAGUUCCUUCGAGGCUGUGCAGCGGUGGUAACAAAUAUGGUAAUUAUGUAAGUAUGUGAUGAUAAAGUAAAAAGUUUAUUGGCCUUAAUGGAACCAUACAUUUGUCUUUUCCGGAGCCCUCCCAUCCUCUGAGACCUCCUCUGCUCCUCACACACCUGAGCCACUGCCCACUGGUCCUUCUGUUGUGCCCCGACCGACACUCAGACCAACCCCCCAUACUACACCUGAGCAACCACACACAUUGUGAACAUCUGGGACGCUGAGGCUGGGGUUUAUGGGCAGAGAACACUCGGUCACCUGGUGAGGAAGGAAGACCCACCACUAGACUUUGGAACCUAUGAGGACGCAGGGGGAUGGAGUGGAGUCUCUGUCUCUGCCUACUACUUAGCUGACUGCCUCAUUGAUGAGUAUCAGCGCCAACAGCCAGCAAUCACAAAGCUCCUGCAGGGCACUUUCGGACAGGUCGUGCGCUCUGACCACACCAGGAAAGUGGCACGAAAAGUGACCCUGUCAUCAGGCACCAUGUCCAGUUAUGCCAUCAUGAACGAGAACUGGAUGAUCGCCUCCUGGGUCAUGGUGCAAUCAGAAACAGAGAAAUCGCUUACGCCUAUGUACCAGGGGUUAGCGAAGAGGUACGAUGAUGCUGGGGUGGAAAAGGCCAAGUACCACUGGGUAGACAGGGACUGCUGUGCGCCAUUCAGAAUACCUGACCUUCAACACGGAGAGUGCCUUAACUGGGAUGCCUGGAAGACGACAGAGUCCAUCGUUGCCGAGGCCACAGUUGGUGCUCUGGAGAACACCUGUGCGUCUCGUACAGACUACAACCGCAACAUUGUGGUCAAGUUGGACCUGUUCCGCUGUAUGAGGCGCUUUACUCGGGAGUGCACUUCAGAGCAUCAUUCCCUCUACAGCACCUUCUGCCAACUCCUCUCCUCUGCCUUCUCUGUCGUGGAUCAGGAGGACCUACAGAAACUGACAGGUGCUUACCAGUUCUGUGGAAUUCAACCGCCAAAUCCCACAAAACAGCAUAUCAGAGAACACUGUAGAACCCUGAUCCCAGCGCCAGCAGAACUAGUCAACAGAGUGGAGAAAGUUCUUCGACAUUUCCACCUGACCACAGACCCAAACAAUGUACCUCUCUUCAAACAUACCAUGCUGAAGACUUGGCGUAUCCAGAGGGUGCACAUUCUGCGUGGGUGCCUGAGUGACCCCCAGCUCCCUGGGGGAACCCUGUACAGGUAUGGGGGGACUCUGCAGCUGAACCACGUCCCUGGUGACGGUGCGAAAGUCCCCAUCUGGAUUCCUGUCAGGGGGACCUCACAGCAGGAGGGUUACCAUUUCCAUCAGUCCCAGUGGAUUACUGGGACUCAUGUGUCCUGUGAACUGUUCCAGGCUCAGGGCAUGACAGGGGUGGCAAGAUGGAACUACAAGCGGCUUCUGGACCUGAAGCAGCCAGAUGUGACUCUCCCGCCUGUUUUUGAUCCGUUGCUCAUAAUGGAGCUGAACUCUGCUUCAAAGAGAGUGACAGGAAAGGAGAAGUACCCUCUACUUUGCCUCUCUGAUAGGGACACAGGAGAGAGAUUUGGACUCGAGUACAUUGAGCCAGAGUGCCGCCCAGUUCCCCUAGACUGGAACAAACACAGGUCAAAAGGGAAGGAUGAUGUACCGGUUCCAGUGCCUCCACCCCCUGGCCCGACACCAUCUGUAAACCUGGCCCCAUCCACUCCUGCACCUGUGGCCCAGCCACCCCAGCUUCACCCUGCUGGGAGCCGUAAUGUACAGCUGAUGUCCCAAGGAAGCAUGGAACAUCCAGCUAUAAUGGAAACUUCACCUCUGCCACUGAGGUCCUCCCCACAGAGUGCCCGCACCGGACCGAUUAAGACAGGUGGAAGAGUCUUUGUCUUGGACCACAAGCGCUGGCCGUCACCAAUGAAGGCAGCUAUAGACAGCCUCCUAAACACCUACCAUGGGCAGAAAGAGAUGGUAAAACUUGUGGACAAGGACUAUGCUGCCAUGGUCCAUCAAUCUGCCUCUGACCCAAAUAGUCUCCUUCACCCCACCACCAAACAUCACAUUACACUGUACACAAAACACCUGGCAAAACAACUGAACACCAGCUCUUCUCUGAACACCAGUCCAGAAAAACUAAUGGAGACACAGAAGCUGUGGCAAGACUUAACGGAGGGAAGUGAGACUGUCCAUGUCCCAGUUGUUGUGCUGCCACCAGCCACUGUCAAUCCGGUCGAUGUCAAAUGUGUGCCACCUGAAAAGCCAUUGGCAGAGGACAAAAUACAGCAAAUGCUACAGGACAUUCAGCAACAGCUACAGCGGCAGGAGCAGCAACAGCUACAGCAGCAGGAGCAGCAACAAAAGCCACGGCAGACCAAAACGUGUCAUGCGUGUGGGCAGCCAGUGUCACGCUACCAAAAUGAUGGAUCAUCGGUCCAUCAUUUUUACCAACAAGGCCCUACACGCUACCACUACUGUUCCACAAAGGUCUUCCAGACAUACUCUGCAGAGGGCCUGACAGACCCCAAGAUGACCUUUGAAGCACUUGCUCAGACUGCAUUCUUUCAGCGUGAGCUGCAGCUGACGAGGGACAGAGUGGAGGAAAAGGCUGCCAAGAGGAGAAAACUCAUGGAACCUGUGGCUCCUCAAACGCAGGGGCGAAUGUGCCGCUUCUGCCAUACGACGCUGAAGCAGAACCCCCACGGCAGACACAUUCACACAGGGUUUCCUGGAGUGGCAGGCAAAUACAUUUACUGCCCUUCAAAGGUCUUUAACAUGUAUAAAUCAGAGGGUAUGCUUACAGAAAUGACAUGGAAGGAAUUCCAAGCAUCACCCUUUUAUGCCAUGGAAAAGAAGAAGUGGGCAGCGGAGAGAAAAAAAUAGAACAUGUUGAAUGAACAAUCCAGGAGUGUCUCCAUUGUGUUGUGUGCUUGUGUUGUGUGCACAAUGUUGUCAUGUUUCAUUUUUGAAGUAUAUAAAAAGUUAAACUUGAA